UUCCAGGGGAAGUGUGGAACCUCCCAGCCUCGUCUCUCUGCUCCGUCGUCGGCACUCGGCAGUCGCUCGCCCUUGCCCUCACCUCGUCUCUCCCCUCAUCUCGUCACUUCGUCGCCUCUCCACUCACCUUGUCACUAUCGGUCUCUCUCGGUCGCGGCCUCACGCCCUCACCCCGUCGCUCUAUCAGUCUCUCACCUCGUCGUCGUCGCGGUCCCGUGCUCCUUCCCUGUGUUCACUUCGUCGGUGGCAGAAAGCUCACAGAAGACAGAAAUCAAGCAGCAUCUCUGGCUCUGAAUCUGCUCCCUCAGGUUAGUCGGGUGGUGGUGGUCGUCUUCUUGGUCGCGGUCUAGGAAUCAGUUAUCCAGUGCUGUGGUCGAACUUGUAAACUGAAAUCUGAUUCUUCUGCUUCUUCUUCCUCUUCUGUGUGAACUGCAGUCCUGUUGAAUUCUGGAAAAUUGGUAGCUGCAUUCUCCAAUGCUGCAUUCUCCAAUGCUGCAUUCUCAUAAUCUGAUGCUGAAUUCUGAAAUUGCAGAGCCAUAAGUGUUGAAUUUUUUGCUUCUGGAGCUGUUGAAUUAUUGUUGAUUGGUUGAAAAGCUGAGGUUGAUUUGGCUUGAAUCUGAAAAAUUGGAGGCUGCUGGAGUCGUUGAUGAUCGUGCAAAGUUGCACAAAUUUUGGUGCAAAUUGUCUGAAUUUUUUCAAGUAUCUUGGUCCGUUUUAAACUAGUUUAAAAUUGAUCCCAAAUUAAGUUCGGUGAAUCAGCAUAAAAAUUUGAUGAUUGGGCUCAACCAGUGAUUAUCUCAUUCAAGUCUAAAUUGAUAAAUAUUGUCAACACCCUCAAAUAACAGCUAGACUAGUAAGUCCGAGUGUGCGCGUUCAUUCUCGUUCACACUCCCAUCGUUGAAGAAGAAGAAGAAAGUUUGAAGGAGAUGGAUUCAGAGGGUCAUCCCUACAGUCCAAGGGACUUGCACCUUCCCGGUUACGUUCCCUGCUCCCUCUCUCAGUCAAACAUUCUCUCUGUCUUCGCUUUCUUCACCUUCCUCCUCGUUUCUCUCACUUGGAUCUUCUCAGGGCGGCUACCUAAGAAAACAAAAACUGAUAGACUGUUGAUGUGCUGGUGGGCUUUUACGGGCCUCACUCACCUGAUUGUUGAAGGUUACUUUGUUUUUGCACCAGAGUUCUACAAGGAUAAGACUGGUUUCUACCUAGCUGAAGUUUGGAAGGAAUAUAGCAAAGGGGAUUCAAGGUAUGCUGGAAGGGAUGCAGGAAUUGUUAGUGUUGAAGGACUAACAGCGGUUUUUGGUGGUCCAGCUUCCCUUCUAGCAGUGUAUGCAAUAGCUACUGGAAAGUCAUAUAGCCACAUACUUCAAUUCGCCAUCUCAUUGAGCCAGCUAUAUGGAGUUGGUGUAUAUUAUAUAACAGCACUCUUGGAAGGUGACAAUUUUGCUGCAAGCAAAUUGUACUAUUAUGCGUACUAUAUUGGAGCAAAUGCUUCUUGGAUUGUAAUACCCUUGAUCAUAGCCAUCCGCAGCUGGAAGUAUACUUGUGCAGCAUUUAAGGGACAAGACCAGACAAAAAAACAUAAAGUUCGUUGACCAGGCUUUUUCAAGUUGUUAGUUAACAACGAUGUCAAUUAAUUGUGUCAAUCAAUUGGGGUGGAUGCAUGGUUGUUGAGUUAGUCAACAGGGUUUCAAGGAUUGGGUCAGUUAAAUUGUGUGAUCGAGUUAGGGAGAUAUGUCUCAAGAAUUGUGUCAAAUGAUUCUCUUAAACUACAUUUCUCGACAAUACAGGUCCUGAUUGUGAUUUGAGAAUUUGAUGUUUUUAGUUUUGAACUAUAUUUUUCCCCUUAUUAUUCACAUGAAAUUGAACGCUGGAAAAAAGCCCAUGCUAGAAGAUAUAAGCAUGGUGCUUCUGCUACCUGUAGCUAUAAUUGCUCCACCCAUUUCCAUUACUUUUGGAUAGAGAAAAUAUUUGUUAUCUUAUGCCAGAAUUUGAUCUUA